GCGUCGCAUCGGCCAUUUUGGGCUCAAAGGGGGCUUUUCUGUCACCACGUGAGGGCUGGGUUAGUGAGUCCGAAACCGACACUUUAAUCGAGUGGAGCGAGGACUCAGAAAACAAGGGGGUAAUAUUGGGCUAGACGCUGCCACACACACCCGCAUUUGUUUCACAUGUGCUGAUAUAAAGAGUGUAAAGGAUGCCGACAGUCACUCUGCCACCCAAAGAAAACGCUCUCUUCAAAAGGAUCCUGAGAUGUUACGAACACAAGCAGUACAGAAAUGGGCUGAAAUUUUGCAAACAGAUUCUCUCAAAUCCCAAGUUCUCAGAACAUGGAGAAACCCUGGCGAUGAAAGGGCUGACCCUAAACUGCCUGGGGAAGAAGGAGGAAGCAUAUGAACUUGUUCGCCGAGGUCUCAGAAAUGACUUGAAGAGCCAUGUCUGCUGGCAUGUGUACGGUUUGCUCCAGAGGUCUGACAAGAAGUAUGACGAGGCUAUAAAGUGCUACAGGAAUGCACUGAAAUGGGACAAAGACAACUUGCAGAUCCUGAGAGACCUUUCCCUGCUGCAGAUCCAGAUGAGAGACCUGGAGGGUUACCGGGAGACCCGGUAUCAGCUACUACAGUUGCGGCCGGCCCAGCGAGCGUCAUGGAUUGGUUACGCCAUCGCGUAUCACCUCUUGGAGGACUAUGAGAUGGCUGCCAAGAUCAUUGAGGAGUUUAGAAAAACACAGCAGACAUCUCCUGAUAAGGUGGAUUAUGAGUACAGCGAGCUGUUACUCUAUCAAAAUCAGGUCUUAAGGGAGGCAGGGCUCUUAAGGGAAGCGCUGGAGCAUCUCACCACAUACGAGAAACAGAUCUGUGACAAACUGGCCGUGGAGGAGACCAAAGGUGAGCUGUUUUUGAAUCUGGAACGGUUCGAGGAGGCAGCAGAUGUGUACAGACGACUGCAGGAGAGAAAUCCAGAGAACUGGUCUUAUUACACCGGCCUGGAGAAAGCCUUCAACCCUGCAAGCGUAGAAGAGAAGUUGAAGAUCUAUGAAGAAGCCUGGGAGAAGUACCCAAAAGGCCUCGUUCCUCGCAGACUACCGCUCAACUUCCUUUCUGGUGAGAUGUUUCGGGAUUGUCUGGAUAAAUAUUUAAGAAUUAAUUUUAGUAAAGGCUGUCCUCCAGUCUUCACCACACUCCGAUCUCUCUACCAAGACAAAGAAAAGGUGUCAAUAAUUGAAGAAUUAGUUGUUGGGUUUGAAACUUCUUUGCGUAGCUGCCGAAUGUUCAGCCCGAAUGAUGAUGGCAAAGAGGAGCCACCGACUACGUUACUUUGGGUCCAGUACUUCCUGGCUCAGCAUUACGAUCAGAUUGGUCAACACACCAUGGCUCUCGAAUACAUCAAUGCCGGUAUUGAGAGCACACCUACUCUGAUAGAGCUUUUCCUGGUUAAAGCCAAGAUUUACAAGCAUGCUGGAAACAUCCGGGAAGCAGCUCGCUGGAUGGAUGAAGCUCAGGCCCUGGACACAGCGGACCGAUUCAUUAACUCCAAAUGCGCCAAAUAUCUGCUUAAAGCGGGCCUGAUCAAAGAAGCUGAAGAAAUGUGCGCCAAGUUCACGAGGGAAGGAGCAUCUGCCGUAGAGAAUUUAAAUGAGAUGCAGUGUAUGUGGUUUCAGACUGAAUGUGCUUUGGCAUAUAAAUCUAUGAAGAAAUAUGGAGAAGCGCUCAAAAAAUGCCAUGAGAUUGAGAGACACUUUGUAGAGAUAACAGACGACCAGUUUGACUUCCAUACGUACUGCAUGCGGAAGAUGACGCUGCGCUCCUACGUGGACCUGUUGAAGCUAGAGGAUGUGUUACGUAUGCACCCAUUCUACUUCAAAGCAUCACACACCGCCAUCCAAAUCUACCUCAACCUUCACGACAACCCCCUAACUGAUGACAGCAAAGAGCUGCAGACUGAAACUGGGAAUCUCACAGACAAAGAGCUAAAGAAGUUAAGGAACAAGCAGCGGAGAGCACAGAAGAAAGCACAGCUAGAGGAAGAGAAAAAGAACGCGGAGAAGGAGAAACAGUUAAAGAACCAAAAGAAGAAAAAAGAGGAUGAUGAUGAAGAGAUCGGAGGACCUAAGGAAGAACUCAUACCGGAGAAACUGGCCAGGGUUGAAAACCCAUUGGAUGAAGCUGUAAAGUUUCUGACACCCUUGAAAAGCCUGGUAAAGAACAAAAUAGACACACACCUUCUGGCCUUUGAGAUCUACUUUAGGAAAGAAAAGUUUCUAUUAAUGUUGCAAUCGGUAAAGAGGGCCUACGCCAUAGACCCAGACCAUCCCUGGCUUCACCAGUGUUUAGUGCGCUUCUUCAAAGGAGUAUCAGAAAGUAAAGACUUAGCAGAUUCAGUGAGCAUGGUGCUGAGGCAGGAAAUCUCCAGGCUGUUUGGGGACAGUAAUGCCAAGAGCUUCAAUCAGACCUUCCUCACCAAGCACUCCAAUUCCAUCCCUCACCGAGUAGCGGCUGCCAAAAUGAUGUUCUACUUGGACCCUUCAACACAGAAGAAAGCUGUCGAACUGGCUAUAGCACUCGAUGAAUCCCUGAACAACAGAAGUGUUCAGAUCUGUACAGAGGUCUUGGAAAGCCUGCACGAUGGUAGCCUUGAAGAUGCUAAGGAAACUGCCGAGUCAUACCGAGCGGAGUGUCAUAAGAUCUUCCCCUACACCCUGGCCUUCAUGCCCCCAGGUUACGAGGAACACAUGAAGAUUGCUGUCAAUGGAGACGUCUCCACGGAAACCGAAGAGCUGGCCAAUGACAUGUGAACAUCUGAAGCGGCUGACAAACUGAACACGGAGGAGAAGGCGGAAUGGGAAGCAGUGCGGCUUCGCUACUGUCAAACACCCGAGAUGGUUGCCUUUGACUGACUGACUUGCGAUUUCUGCGAGGAACGUCCUGCAAUCUUCUACACCUCCCAAGAUUGCAGUUAGGACUGAAAGACAGUGAUGUGUUUGAAGUGGAGGAUGACGAAGAGGGGUGUGUGCGCGUGUGUGUGUGUGUUGGGGGGUGGGUGACGAUGAAUAAAAUGCCCAUUUUACUUUUUUAACCUUGCUGAUGACUACUCUCUAACAGAAAACUAGUCAAACAAACAUGCAUCCCAUUUUGAAUUACAGUUUGUCUGAAUGCAAUGGCGAGAGCAAAUCCUAUAGUCAGCAAACCAAGCAAGAGAUUGUGCACUCAAACCUGCCUUUCCCCUGUUUUAAAGAGUAAUUUAUAUGAAAAAUAAAAGUUUAAAGGACAACGUGGCUUGUUGUGGAAAAGGCACUGAACUGGGGGAGGUUGGGGUGAACAAAAAGUGAUGUCAUGACUAGGCAUGUGUUGUUGCAUUUUGUUAAGAGAUGUCAGGUACAAACUGACAAAUGAGGUUGUAUGCCACUACAAUACUAAAUCGUGAUCAAGAGCCUAUGAAAUUGACCUGACACUUUUUUUUAUUCUCAUCACUGUUUCAACUUACCUCAUUUUCUUUCUUUCUCUCUCCCUCUGAUGCAAUUGGCUUAGAGUGUUCAACAGUUUGUAUGAUAG